AUGGCAACUAACGGUGGUGCAAUUACUGCACAGACUCAAUCACUUGUACCAAUGGUGAAUGGAGCCCGAUCAGUUAGCUCAACUGGUAGUAAAUUGACAAGAGUCAUCAGUAUGGAAGGGAGCCUUAGUAUAGCAUUUCAACUUGGUAAAUCGUUCAGUGAUGUGAUAACAGAAGAAAUGAAUAGUAUUAUACAAGUAAUAAAGACGCCAUCAAACGUUGCAAAAGCAUGUUCAUACGCAGCAACAAAUGCUUUGACUAUGUCAUUUCGUACAAUUGGUAUUGUUAUUACAUUCUGA